CGUGUUGAUGUUUGUAGAAAAGUCUACUGGAAUUAAUGAGCUGAUUAAAAAAAAGGAGCAGCUAAUUAAGAAUAAGACCCACAGAGAGAAAAGAAAUGAGAAACCCAGAAGGAUCUGGAAGAAGAGGAGGAUCCUUUUCAUUUUUUCUUUCUUGGAUAAACUCUCUCCUAUCUUUUUUUUUUUCUUUUCUUCUUCUACUUUUCUAAUUUCUUACGACAAUUCUCCUCCUUUCGUACAUAAAACAAAGAAACCCUCUCUUUUUCUCAUCUUCUUCAAUUUUCAAAACUCAAAAUCCUUCUUCAUCGUCGCUACAUUUUUCUGUGCUUCUCGGUUUCUGCUAUCGAACAACAAGACUCAAAAGUGUCUUGAUGAUUGGGUUUUAUUCUACGCUUUGAUGUUCCUUAUUCGCUCUUAGGGGUUCGAUGAACUUCAUUAGCUGACAGAUGUAUAUUAGUCUCUUCAACGAGAUUUACUCAUUUAGCUACAAGUUCUUAUUCUGUGUUAUUUUAUUUUUUUUAAUUAUUCUUUGUGGUUAUUUCUAGGUAGAAAGAAUCGGACAUGGAAGAAGCAGUUGUAACGAGGUAUUGGUGUCAUAUGUGUUCUCAAACUGUGAAUCCAGUCAUGGAAGCUGAGAUCAAAUGUCCCUUUUGUCAAAGUGGGUUUGUUGAAGAAAUGGAAGAUGACGACGAUCAUGAUUCUUCUGAUCCGGCUGAUGUUAGAGCAAACAACUCUCUUUGGGCGCCUAUCUUGAUGGAACUUAUGAAUGAUCCUGUGCGUCGUAGGAGAAACCAGAGUGUUGAGUCUGUUGAAGAUAAUCAAAACGAGGUACAGACCGAGAACAAUGAAGACGAUGGAGAAAAUGAUUUGGAUUGGCAGCUUCAAGAGAUUCUCAGGAGAAGGAGAAGACAUUCCGCUGCUGUUUUGCAGUUGCUUCAGGGGAUACGAGCAGGGUUGUCUGUAGAAUCUGAGAGUACUGGUAAUGGAGGUAAUAAUCCGGGACGGGUGAUCUUGAUCAAUACCUCCAAUCAGACUAUCACGGUUCAAAACUCUGCUGAUAUGGAUUCUGUACCUGCUGGUUCUUUAGGUGACUAUUUCAUUGGUCCUGGAUUUGAAAUGUUGCUUCAACGUCUAGCUGAGAAUGAUCCCAACAGAUAUGGAACACCUCCUGCUAAAAAAGAAGCUGUCGAGGCUUUGGCUACUGUGAAAAUCGAAGAGACUCUGCAAUGUUCGGUUUGUUUAGAUGAUUUUGAGAUUGGAACUGAGGCAAAGCUGAUGCCCUGUACGCACAAGUUUCAUAGUGACUGCUUGUUACCAUGGCUUGAGCUUCACAGUUCAUGCCCGGUUUGCAGAUAUCAGUUACCUGCAGAUGAAGCCAAGACUGAUUCAGUAACAACAACGAGCGAUAACAAUGGAAGCAGUAGUGCUUCUGCUACAACCAGCCAUGGAGCUGAGAACAGCGAUGGAAACCGGCGCCAAGAAGAAGAAGAAGAAGAAGAAGAGGAGGAGGAGGAGGAGAACGAGAACAAUGACGGAAGCGGAUUCUCGAUCCCGUGGCCGUUUAGCACCUUGUUCUCCUCGUCGCAAGAUAGCAAUGCACCAACGGAUUCUAGUUAAGACAUGUUCCCUGAGCAACAUAAGCUUUUUGGUGUGAUCAUGAAAUCUCGGUUCUACCUAAAUCUGAUCUUUUGUCUGUACAUAAGUUUCUCAGAUUUGGUUGAAUGCUACAUCUUUGGAAAACAAAUAUCUUUCAGUUUGUGUUUUUUUAAUUGUUUUUGAGCAAAUCUUUUGCCGGAUUCUGUAAGUCGCUUGUGUGUUUUUUGUUGUCAACCAAAGCCACUUUUGCAACUUAGUUUGUUAAAUUAAUGCCUUAAUGGUAAAAUAACAAGAUUGGUGGCUGUAGUACGAAUUGUGUUGGUAAUAAAUUAUAAAUUUAAACAUAAAAAGUAAUUUAACAUUCAUCA